AUGGCGGCGGCAGCGGCUUCGGCGCCUCAGCAGCUCUCGGAUGAGGAGCUUUUCUCUCAGCUCCGCCGUUACGGCCUGUCUCCUGGCCCAGUGACGGAGAGCACCCGCCCGGUCUACCUCAAGAAGCUGAAGAAGCUUCGAGAGGAAGAGCAGCAGCAGCACCGGUCCGGGGGCCGCGGCAACAAGACGCGGAACAGUAAUAACAAUAACACGGCUGCUGCCGCGGUCGCCGCGGCGGGAGCGCCGGCGGCGGCCGCGGGGCUGGGGGGCCGGCCGGUCUCUGGCGACCUCUCCUACUUGCGGACUCCUGGGGGUCUGGGCCGAAUCUCGGCCUCUGGCCCGGAGAGCCCCGUGGGAGGGCCCGGGGGCGCCUCGGCCGCCCCCACGGCUGGCAGCAAAGUGCUGCUGGGCUUCAGCUCGGACGAGUCGGACGUGGAGGCCAGUCCCCGGGACCAGGCCGGCGGCGGCGGCGGCGGCGGCGGGAGGAAAGACCGGGCUUCGCUCCAGUACCGCGGGCUCAAACCGCCGUCGGCGCCCCUGGCCGCCAGCGAGGUGACUAACAGCAACUCGGCCGAGAGAAGGAAGCCCCACUCGUGGUGGGGGGCCCGGCGGCCGGCGGCUCCGGAGCUGCAGACCCCGUCGGCGAGAGAUGCAGCCGCGGAGGACGAGGAGGAGGAGGGGGAAGACGGAGAGGACAGGGACCCAGAGGCCGAGGAGCCGCUGUGGGCGAGCCGGACGGUGAAUGGCAGCCGGCUUCUCCCUUACAGCUGCCGGGAGAACUAUUCGGACUCGGAGGAAGAGGAGGACGACGACGUGGCCUCCAGCAGACAGGUAUUAAAGGACGACUCCCUUUCCCGGCAUCGGCCCAGACGGAGCCAUAGUAAGCCUCUCUCUUCACUGACUGCUAAAUCGGCCGGCGGCCGGCUGGAGACCUCAGUUCAGGGAGGGGGAGGAAUCCCGAUGAAUGACAGGGCGGCGGCUGCGGGGAGUCUAGACUGGAGCCGAAACCUCGAAGAGUCGGCGGCGGCGGCGGAGCAGGGAGGAGGGUGUGAUCCCCUGGACUCUAGCCCCAUUCCUAGGUACCGUGUCACCGCUAAGAAACUGGCCCCUCUCCUGCCCCCGCCACUGACCGACAUGGACUCAACCUUGGAUUCGUCCACAGGCUCCCUCCUUAAAACCAAUAAUCAUAUCGGCGGCGGGGCCUUCAGUGUGGACUCCCCCAGGAUUUUUUCCAACAGCCUUCCUCCCGGUGCAGCGGUGGCUGCCUCCAGUUCACUCAGGAUCAAUCACUCCAAUCAUACGGGCUCCAAUCACACCUACCUGAAAAACGCAUACAACAAACCGAAGCUUUCCGAACCCGAGGAGGAACUUCUCCAGCAGUUUAAACGGGAGGAGGUGUCCCCUACAGGGGGUUUCAGUGCCCACUACUUGUCGAUGUUUCUCUUAACUGCUGCCUGCUUAUUUUUCCUAAUACUGGGACUGACUUACCUAGGAAUGAGAGGGACAGGAGUAUCCGAGGAUGGAGGACUCAGCAUAAAAAACCCCUUUGAUGAAACAUUUGGAAACAUACAAGAAAGUGAGAAAAAUCUUAUGAUGAACACUUUAUACAAGCUUCAUGAUCGAUUGGCACAGCUUGCAGGAGAUCAUGAAUGUGGCAGUUCUAGUCAGAGAACACUUUCUGUCCAAGAGGCAGCUGCAUAUUUAAAAGAUUUAGGCCCUGAAUAUGAAGAUAUAUUUAAUAUUUCUUUGAAGUGGAUUUUAAAAAAUGGAAAAGAUGUUGGAAUAAGGUGUGUUGGUUAUGGCCCCGAGGAGCAAUUGAAAAAUAUAACUGAUGUGCAGUUUUUACAGUCCACAAGACCACAGAUGUCUUUCUGGUGUCGUUUUCGACGUGCUUUUAUUACUGUCACCCACAGGUUAUUGUUGUUAUGCUUAGGUGUAGUGAUGGUUUGUGUCGUUCUGCGUUACAUGAAAUAUCGCUGGACAAAAGAAGAAGAGGAAACAAGACAGAUGUAUGAUAUGGUGGUGAAGAUAAUAGAUGUUUUACGAAGUCAUAAUGAAGCUUGCCAGGAAAAUAAAGACUUACAACCUUACAUGCCUAUUCCACAUGUGCAAGAUUCCUUAAUACAGCCUCAUGACAGGAAAAAGAUGAAGAAAGUCUGGGAUAGAGCUGUUGACUUCCUUGCUGCUAAUGAGUCUAGAGUUCGCACAGAGACACGAAGAAUAGGUGGUACAGAUUUUCUAGUUUGGCGCUGGAUCCAGCCUUCUGCCUCCUGUGACAAAAUAUUAGUAAUACCUUCUAAAGUAUGGCAAGGUCAAGCAUUUCAUUUAGAUAGAAGAAAUUCACCACCAAAUAGUUUGACACCAUGUUUAAAGAUUCGAAAUAUGUUUGACCCAGUUAUGGAAAUAGGGGAUCAGUGGCAUUUGGCAAUUCAAGAAGCAAUUUUAGAAAAAUGCAGUGAUAAUGAUGGCAUUGUUCAUAUUGCAGUAGACAAAAAUUCACGUGAGGGCUGUGUAUAUGUUAAAUGUCUGUCUCCAGAAUAUGCUGGAAAAGCUUUUAAGGCAUUGCAUGGCUCUUGGUUUGAUGGGAAAUUGGUUACAGUAAAAUAUUUACGACUAGAUAGAUAUCACCACCGCUUUCCCCAAGCUCUUACUUGCAAUACUCCCUUGAAGCCAUCAAAUAAACAUAUGAACUCUAUGUCUCAUCUUCGUCUUCGGACUGGCCUAACCAAUUCUCAAGGAGGUUCCUGA